AUGGGCAAGCCAGGGUGCCCCAAGCACACUAUUGCAAGAGUGGGGAGAGUGACCAGCCUUGUCACUCCUGAUUGUAACAGGAUGGCUUCACGUUCUUCUCCAUUUAAGAUGAUGUUGGCUGUGGCUGGGAAGCCUUUCAUCUCUUUGAAGAACCCAGAUCAGAGGACAGUCACUUCAAAUUCCGUGACUUUUACCUGCACCGCUGGCCCUUUCAGCUCCAGGAACCUCAGUGUUAACUGGUUUAAGAACAAUAAUAGACAUCCAGCUUCAGCCCCACAGUGGCUGCCUAUCAGCAGAGACGUUUACUAUGUCACAAGCAAGGCAUGGGUGGCAUUGGCCAAACAAGAUAUCUUUUCUCAGAUCACUUGUGAAGUCACCCAUGGGGACCUCGAUGAGCCCCUAAAAAUGACCAUCAAUCUUUCUCAAGUGCUCCUAGUUAUCCCCACACUGAAGAUCACCAUGAUUCGUGAUCAUGUUCAUCAAAGAGUGAACCUGACUUGCCAUGUAAACCGCUUCUAUCCCCAAAACUUGCAACUCACCUGGACUAAGAAUAACAACAAGAUCCUGACUCCUGAGCUUCCUCAAGCCACCAGAAACUCUGAUGGGACAUACUCUCUAAAAUCCACAUUGCAAGAAGAUGCCAAAUCAGAUGAAAGCAUCUUUAGCUGCUGGGUGUUCCAGUAUGACCAGCCUCCACUGGGUGUCAACAUCACCCUGGGCGCACAGGCCUCCCAUAAGGGAAAUGGUGUAUUUCUCAUCUCCUUUGUAUCCUCAGGGCAUUGUUGCUGUGGGAUGAUGAUUCUGUAUACUGUGACUCUGUAUUACACCCAUUGGUUAAUAAUAAAGCUGUUUGUUCAAUAGCAAGGCAGGACAAUCCAACUGGGGACUAGGAUGAAGGAGGGCAGAGUUCAGAGCCAGUAGCUCAUGAAACAAGAUGCUAGAGGACCAGUAAAGCCACAGACUAUGUGACAAUACAUAGAUAAAUAGAAAUGGGUUAAUUAAAAGUAGGAGCUAGUU